AUGGCACCAUCUCACUCCAAGAAGCGCAUCGUUGUCUGCUGUGACGGCACGUGGCUCGACAGUGACGGUGACUACCAAACUCCCAGCAACGUCACCCGCACCGCCAGAGCCAUACCUCCCGUGGGCGUCGACAAGUCCACCUCUCCCCAUCAGCCCAUCACCCAGAUCGUCUUCUACCAAAACGGCAUUGGCACAGGCAGCCCGUCCUUGUACGACCGAGUCAUUGGGGGCGCGACCGGGGAGGGUCUCGCCGAGCACAUCCGCGAAGCAUACAGCUUCAUCUGUCUCAACUACAACCCGGGCGAUGAGAUUUUCCUGCUGGGGUUCUCGCGAGGCGCUUUCACUGCCCGCUCCAUCUCGAGCCUGAUCAACGCGGCCGGUCUGCUCACCUCGAAAGGCCUGGAGUAUUUCGUCCAGGUCUUUGAGGAUUGGGAAUUCCAGCAGAAAAAGGACUUCAAGACCAAGUGGCCCAACCUGCCCUUCGUCGGCCACAAGCCCCCGGUCACCCAUCCUCACUACCAGAAGCAGCUCAUCGACAAUGGCUGGACUCGACCCAACAUCAAGGUCAAAUGUGUCGCGGUCUGGGACACCGUCGGUGGGCUGGGCAUCCCCAUGGUUGGACUCCUGCCCCAGCCACCCAGCCGCGACUUUGCCUUUGUCGACACACGGGUCGAGUCCAACAUCGAGUACGCGUUCCAGGCCCUGGCCUUGGACGAACAUCGGCGGUCUUUCUCUCCCACCAUCUGGGAUUGGCCACACGUCGAGCACCACGAUUUGAAAGUCCUCAAGCAAUGCUGGUUCCCCGGCGUGCACAGCGACAUUGGGGGGAGCUACGACGACACCGCCCUCGCCAACCUCACCCUGGCGUGGAUGAUCAGCCAGCUGGAUCCCAUUCUCACCAUCAACCACGACUACAUCCUGAACUACAUCACGCCGGUCCAAAAGGACGAUCCGAGCAUGGCUGGCCGGCAUCAAACAUUCACCCACGAGGGCCGCAUGGCUACGGUCCGCAACACCACGCCACACGCGCGGCCGUGGGGGUUAGGCAAGAUCCAUGACAGCAUGAGCUUCCUCUUCAAACUCGGCGGCUCGCGCAUCCGCACGCCGGGCGAAUACCGCGAACAAGAGCUCGCGUCCCAGCAUGGAGUGCUUUUCUGGAUGCUACACCGCAUCUUCCACCGGUUCAUCGGCCUCUUUGAGGACACGCACCACGCCCUCCCGCGCUUGAGGCAGACCAACGAAACUAUCCACAGCAGCGUCCGCAUCCGCAUGGGCAAACACGGCUUGGGCUACAAUGACAAGGGGACGUACGACUCGCAAGCACUCCAAGGGUGGAUCAUGCACGGCGUGGAGACCAAUCCCGACACGCCCGUGGCCCUGAGUGCCCCGGGGGCGGUGGGCAGGAUGAGGAAUGUGGUGUGGAAAAAGCAAGUGUACCCGGAGAAGCUCAUUGAACCUGCGUCCGAAAACGGCGAGAGGAGGGGCAAAGUCGAGGUCUUGGAGAACAAGGGCAAGACACAUUGUCUCGAGCUCGAGGAGGAGCCGCUCGGCGCGUUUGAGCGUAAGAUCCUUCAGGAGUGGCCCGUGGGAGACAUCAAGGAUGACUUUGACACGAUUGUUCCGGGCAGGCAUCAGCAGAACGUGGACCGCGCGCACACGGUACCCCUGGACGGGCAUGGCCACGUUCGGGGGAGCUCGGGCAGCAGUGGAGGCCGACACGGAGAGCCCCUAACGUUGGAAACGGGGAAGAGGCGGAGCGAGACGACCUAG